GUAGCAGACCUCGGAGUGCGGGAUGCAGAGCGUCCUAACAAACUGGCAGCCUGUAACAAAAAACGGGAAGAAAGAAAGGGAAAGGCUUUGGUUAGCAUGGAAGUACAUGAAAGAGUUGUUUAGCCGACGCCAUUAUGAGCGGGACUUUUGACUCACAAUUGGAGCUUAUUACUGCUGAAUGAAUGUGCAGAUUUUUAAAGGAUUCCAAAUGGAAUUUCUUUCGGUGCUUUCUCCUCCAACAUGUUGCUGCCACCGAGCUGUUUUUCAUUUUCUCUCCGUCGCCGCCGGCUUCUUGAUUUAUGCGAACUCAUUUUAUUCAUAAAUUUUAAACACGUUUGACGUCGUUGGUCGUUGCUUUGGGGCUAUGGAAAUCGGGUGCUUCUCCCUCUGGUAUGCCGACUGUCUCCGGCUUUUCCGGGGAGCGGGUCGUUGAUUUAUCUGGCCACAUUUCUAAACAAAUAUUUCUGGCCUUUCCGGGCGACCGACGCCAGUGACCCAAGCAAAUUUGGCACGCAAUUAGGCGGCUUUGUUUGUAUUUUUUGGAGCGUCCAGCAUAAAUAAAAGUUUCUUAGGCUAGCCACUUGGAGCUCCCCCCCUGCCGUCAUCCCAGGUCCUGGCAGUAAUAAAUUGAGUGCCACUUCUGACCAGGCCGAGACCAGUAGGCAGUAGGGUGAAAUAAAGUGCUUGAGCGGCAUGCAGAUCAAAUCGUGCUCUAUGGGCUGGGAAAAUGUUUAUUUGUUAACGGUCCAUCAAACAGGAGACUGCUGAAUGUCAACACUGUUCAAAUAUGUGUCAAGUACCUGUCAAAAAACUGUUUGCUUUUCAGAUAAGCAGGCUGUUGUUUGUAACUGAGAGACGCAUAUCAAAUAGAAGCUAUCAAAAUACUGGAAGUUCUCCUUACUUUGAAGUCGGCGAAGGAAGUUUACAGAAGGCUAACGAAACCAGAAGUAAAAAUGUCUGCAGGUCCUGAUGAUUUGGUCGUUUGUCCCUACGAUAGGUCACAUCGCAUAAGGCGGGUCCGCAUGGCCAAUCAUUUGUCGCGUUGUGCCAAGAGCCAUCCAUCGGUCAAGUUAUUCACCUGUCCAUAUAACAGCACCCAUCUGUACACUGCUGCCAACAUGCGGAAUCAUGUCAUCGAGUGCCCGAACUAUUUACCCCAGGAGGGCUGCGUGUUGCCAAGCGUAUUUCCGCCUGCGGAAGAACCGGGUCCGCCUGAAAUUCCGAACGAAACUGAGGAGGACUGGGAUGCUGAGCCACCAGUUCCGACUUAUAAUCCGAAUAUCCACUGUGAGAACAAGCCUAUCAUUCGAAGUCUGCAAGGAGCUCCUCGCGCGGCUCGCCGGGCAUUCCGCGAAAAGGAACGCAAGCGUAUCAUGGAUAUAAUAUAAAAAAAAAUACUGACCGGACUACUGGCAAUGCAAAGUGACCGCCUGGACGGACACAUGGAAAGGAACCCUGUGCCUAGCAGAUAAGAACCCUGAAGGAAUAAGAAACUUGAAGGAUAAUAAAUUCCCCGGACUGAAACAAUUAAUGCAUUUGUCU